AUGAAGCUCUAUCCUAGCCUCUCUGACGACCUCGCCGCCUGGGCUCAGCGGCAGCCCGUCUUCUUCACGGCGUCGGCAGCUACGCAUGGGGCGCACAUCAACGUAUCCCCCAAGGGCCUCACCGAUACGCACUUUGCCGUCCUUGGGCCGAACAAAUGCGCCUACAUCGACCGCACCGGCUCCGGCUGCGAAACCAUCUCCCAUGCAUACGAAAACGGCCGCCUGUGCCUCAUGUUCAUGAGCUUUGGAAACACGCCUCGAAUCAUGCGCCUCUUCUGCCGCGCCACCGUUGUCGAAUGGGACCAACCUGCCUUCCCCGAGCUUGUACGAAAGAUCGCCAAAGGCAAAAGGGAAGCAUUCGACGGCGCUCGCGCUGUUAUUGUUGGUGAUAUUUGGGAAGUGCAGACAAGUUGCGGUUACGGCGUGCCGCGUGUUAAGAAAGCGUUGUAUGCGCCCGGAGAGGACGGCCCACCUACUCCGGUCGAGGAUAUCUUGCGCGACGGUUUCGAGCCAGACAGGAAGCUGGAUGAGCUUGCCGUCUUCGAGGCACGCCCGACCAUGGACCACUGGGCCUCCAACAAGGCACAGAGCAAUGGCUUGGUCGAUUACCAGGGCGUCAACAAUGCCGACAGUAUCGACGGGCUACCUGGCCUGCGCAGCGCCCGCCGCGAGACGGGCGAGACGCUCUGGUUGCGCGACCUCACGGCUCGCUUGAAGCGCAUCAGCGCCGAGAAAGAAGCCGUUGCUGUUGGGUUCCUGCUUGCCAUGAUAUUGUACUUUGUCCUGGUAGGCUUUUCCAGCCUGCCGCUCAAGCUGUAG